AUGGGCAUCCUCCCUGUUUUGGAGUGGGGAUCCUGGAAUGUAUCCUUUGGAGGGCCGGGUGCUGGGAAUGGGCCCCUCUCUGGCCCCUGGUACAGCACACACAAGACUCAACUCUUGGGAGUUUUACUUGCUGCUACGUCAAAUUUUCUGAUUAGCAUCUCUUUGAAUAUACAGAAAUGUGCUCAUCUCCGACUGACUUGCCGAACGGACCCGAAGCCCUACUACAUGAGCAAGCUAUGGUGGUGUGGGAUUACCCUCCUUGGGCUUGGAGAGGUGGGCAAUUUCACAGCCUACGGAUUUGUCCCCGUUGCCCUUGUUGCUCCACUGGGAUGUGUGUCUGUCAUAGGUGGUGCAUUUAUUUCUGUCUUAUUCCUAAAGAAAACGGUGAGGGCUGCUGAUAUAUUGGGAGGAACACUGACAGUAACAGGGACAUACUUGUUGGUAGUAUUCGCUCCAAAUGAACCCCAAGAGCUCACAGCAAGACAAGUACAGAAUUACUUAGUAAGCUGGCCUUUUUUGGUAUAUUCGAUCUUAGAAAUUAUUACAUUCUGCAUUCUCCUUUAUUUUUACAAAAGAAAGGCUGUGAAGCACAUCAUGGUUUUGCUAAUGAUGGUAGCACUACUGGCAUCUCUGACUGUCAUUGCUGUAAAGGCUGUGGCCAGCAUGAUAAUGCUGUCUGCAAAGGGGAAAAUGCAGCUGACAUAUCCUGUGUUCUAUAUCAUGAUUAUUUUAAUGGCAACUUCUUGUGCUUUCCAAGUCAAAUUCUUGAAUCAAGCAACACAUCUGUACGAAGCGACAGAAGUUGUGCCUAUUAAUUUUGUGUUGUUCACCACCAGUGCCAUCAUUUCAGGGGUCAUAUUUUAUCGGGAAUUCCAAAGUGCAGCUUUGCUGAGCGUGUUCAUGUUUCUGUUCGGGUGUCUCCUAUCUUUCCUUGGUGUAUUUGUAAUUGCAAGAAAUAAAAAAGAGGAGCAUUUACAAAUUCCUUUUAUUGACUGUGGACAUAUUCCUGGACAAAAAUUGACAGGCAAAAUACAACCAGAUUCUCACAGUUCACUCUAUGGCACUUUGAAUAAUGAACAUGACUCGGUGAAAAGUCAAAGCUGA